CAGAAGAACGCAUAUGCCAACUAAUUUUCGACGAAGUCGCAAUCAAGAAAGAUCUGACGUACAACAAAGUACGAGAUGUGAUUGAUGGCUUCGUCGAUAAUGGAGAAGGUCACCGGGAAAGCGUGAUCGGCAAUAAGUGCUGUUUUUUCAUGCUGAAAGGCAUAGUCGCGAAAUGGAAAUAUGUUAUUUCCUACUAUGUGGCAAAAGAUGGCGUAAGCAGUGAAAAAUUGCAAAAUUUGCUCCAAAGCAAUUUAAACGCCUCCGAAGAAAUCGGACUUAAAGUUAAAGCAAUUAUAUGCGAUCAGGGUCCCCAAAAUACCAAAUUGAGGCUAUUAUUGGGAACAUCGCCACAAAAACCGUACUUUUAUCAUAAUGAAAAUAAAAUUUAUAUGAUGUUCGACUAUUGCCAUCUUAUAAAAUGCAUGCGCAACAUGAUCUUGAAAUACGACACCGAGACGCAAGAUGGACUGGCCUCGUUUAAAGUAGUCCAAAAAAUAUAUGCCAUCGACCAAGCGAACGUUAAUUUUAAAAUGUGCCCUAAAUUAACGUAUUCGCAUGUGUAUCCUUCAAGUUUGGAAAAAAUGUCGGUGUCUAGAGCUACUCAAAUAUUUAGUAAUUCGGUCGCCGCGGCAAGACAUGGCAAUAAAGCAAAAUUUAUUGGGCUCCGAUGAGCAUUUGAAAAAAUGCGCCAAAGCAACCCAGCUGCUGGUGAAAAGGAUGAAUGACCUAUUCGACGAAUUGGAUUGUAAGACGCUUUACAAUCCAAAUCCGCAAAGACGGCCAAUACAAAGAGAUUGUAUUGAUAAAAUAAACAGGCUAAAGGAACACAUCCUCUACUUGAAAAAUAUGAAAAAGCCAAAUGCCAGGAUUGUGUGCCUAGAUUCUUUCAUACAUACAAUAACUGCAAUGAUUGCAUUGAGCGGCGAUAUAUUCGAUGAAUAUUCGAAUAUAUCAUUUAUACUCUUAGGGAGAAUGAACCAGGAUGCACUCGAAAACUUUUUUUAUAAAAUUCGCGCAAAUUUGGGAGCGAAUAAUCAUCCAUCCGCACACGAAAUCCAAUAUAUUGUUGCAAGACUAUUGUCUAUGCAUAUAUUGAGACGCAACUUCUCGCAAACAGGCAGCAAUUGUGAAGAAGACGACGACGACAUCAACCUUGAUUGGAAUAUUGGCCAGGAAGACGACCUUAAAGAAAAUUUAAAACCGUCUGAGCAACUUGCCGUGGAACAAAUAUGUAUUCCAGAUGAGCAAUUUGCUGAGACAGAAAAAGUAGCAGAAAAACAGGUUCGUCGUUACUAUACUGGGUAUGCGAUAUACCAAAAGGUUUUUUGUCGUUUAAAGUGCGAGAAAUGUGCACUAUUAAUGCGAAAGAGGGAUAUCUCUUUACAAGACUCAUCGGAAGCCCUUAUAAGGUCAAAAAAUUACAAAGGAGAAAAUGACCUUAGGCUGGUUAAUCCCGACGAUAGAGUCUUUGAAAUAAGCCGCCUCCAAAUGAGCUGCUACAAAGAGCUCUUUGUAGCAAAUUCUUGCAGAGUGGGUAUAAAGUCUAUGAUUUUAGCCCAGAUUACUGCAAUUACUGAACAAAAAUACCCAGAGUGGUAUAGUGAGGCUGGAGAUUGCCUCGAACAUCGGCACCAAUUUCUGGAUUUUUUGAUAACAGUUUUACUGUUUAAGAAUGCCAAAUGGCUGGCACACCAGCAGGAAGAGCUUCACAAAAAUGAAAUAAGGGCGAAUUACUACAGCAAAAAAGAAAAAUUAAAGAAACUGGCACGAUAGAUUGCAGGCCAUAUUUGAUUUUUCCAGUAACUUCCGUUGGGUAAAAGAUUCUUCAAAAACUAAUAAUGUUCUUUUUUUUUCUUUCAGGGUAGAAUUAAGUUGUAAAUAUGUAGUUUGUAGUAGCAGUUUUAGUAUUAGUUAUUGUUAGUUAGUUUUAGUAAUUAUUAGUGUAGUAAGUAGUAUGUACACGUGAGCCAAGCUUUGAAAAAAGCUGGUGAAAAAGACCUAAUCUUUAUUGAUUAGGUUGUGUGAGAAUUUGUGGAUGUAGGUAGACAAAUUCUGAAAAUCGUGUUUUACUUAAAAUUAUAUUUUCUUAAUAACCUUAUUU